AUGGUUCAUACAAAUGGAGAAACAGAUUUUUGGAGACAAACUCACUACGGAUUCGAACGCGAUAAUGGUCAUUUUUAUUACCGUUCUAUGGACGGUGAACAAUCAUUUACUAUUACGGUAAAUGUAUAUGGUAACUACCGAGCAGUUUAUGAUCAAGCCGGUCUAAUGCUUCGGAAUGAUGCGCAUAACUGGAUAAAGUGUGGUAUUGAAUAUGUUGAUGGUAUUUAUUAUGCUAGUGCUGUAGUUACUGUUAAUGGUUGGUCUGAUUGGAGUGUUGUUCCACUUAGGCAAAAUCCGAAUUCGUUGAGAUUACGAGUCAAACGCGAGAGAGAAGCAGUUCAUAUUGAAUAUGCAGAAAGUGAAAAUCAUCCAUUCACAAUGAUGAGACUAGCCUAUUUGCCAUUAGCAAAGAAAACAAAUCCAAUCAUGGUCGGAAUUAUGUGCGCUUCACCCAAUGAGAAAACUGACGGUUUCGAUGUCAUUUUUGAUGAAUUGAAUAUUACUAAAAAUCAAUCGAAUGAUGAUUAG